UUUUUAGGGCAUGAGAGGUAAAGAUGGCCCACCAGGACCCUAUGGUUUGAAAGGAAAACGGGGAGAAAAGGGGAGACAAGGAUAUGAUGGAUUACCAGGAGAAACAGGCAGAACUGGAGACCCUGGUUUUCAGGGGAUGAGGGGUGACCUUGGAGAUCCGGGUCCAGAAGGAGAUCUAGAUUGUUGGGGUCAAAGUCGUCCUGGACCCAAAGGUCGACCUGGUGACCCUGGCCCACAAGGUCUUCCAGGAUUCCCGGGAAAUGACGGUCCAGAUGGUCAAAUGGGACGUGAUGGUCCCCCUGGCCUACUGGGGCCUGAUGGGAUACCUGGGAGGAGAGGACCUGUUGGAUUCUCUUAUCCAGGAGACAAGGGAAACCAAGUGCCUGGAUUGCCUGAAAUACCUGGAUUAAAAGAAGUGCCAGGAGAUUUGGGACCACCUGGAGAAAUGGUUCAAGGAUACCCUGGUGAACAGGGGCGAGUAGGAAGACCUGGUCUUGAUGGACUUCCUGGUACUAGGGGAGAACCUGGUCCUGAGGGAUUCCCUGGUAUCCCUGGAGAUGGUCUGGAUGUUCUGGUCCAAGAGGUCCUUCAGGAUUUCCCGGAGAGGAAGGAGAUCCAGGAAUCCCUGGAGAGGAUGGGCGUGAUGGAAUCCCAGGAGAAAGAGACAGCGGACUAUUCUGUGCUUUGUGAAGGUAGAAGAGGUGAUGACUGUGAGGUUUGUCCUGGGGGUGAGCCUGGUUUUAGGGGAGAUCCAGGUGAUCCUGGUUUCGAUGGACUUCCUGGACAAUCAGGAAAACUAGGAUUCCUCGGACAACCAGGAAAACAGGGCAUACCUGGAAUACCUGAUCAAAAGGGCAUACCGGGUUUUCCUGGAGAAGUUGGAAGGGUUGGACCUAAAGGUGAGCCUGGGGAUUUGGAAGUCCCUUCCACUCUAAGAAUGAAGGGGAAGCCUGGCAAGCAGGGACCAAGGGGACCAGUUGGCAGAGCAGGAUCACCAGGACCUGGUGGCCCCCUGUGGACCCCCAGGUUUCUCUGGGAUACCUGGAGAAAGGGUAAGAGUCACUACUUCAAGUAA